AUGAAGGUCUCACUAGCAGAUGUGAAGAAGGUUGGGAUGGGAGGUGGGUCUAUAACAAACAGGCUACAAAUCGACCAGCAUGAAAUUGAUAUGGAAAGGGUAGAUUGUGUUGGGCUAUGGGGAUUUGGCUUUCUUACUCGUGUGACUAAUGACUGUUGA